AUGCAUCCUUGGGAAACGUGCACACACUCAGUGAAAAUCUUUGACAAUUUUUCCCCACCACCGAACAAAAAAAGGCAGAUCCCGGAUGAAGAUCUGACUGUGCGCAGGGAUGGGAUUCGGAUUGAUUAUGAGGAUGGCACGUUAUACAGUCGAAGAAAUUACGAACCGGAACNNCCGCAUGCAAUUCCCGAGCCUCAACCGGAAUCGGGAUUGGAAGGAGGACCAACCAGUGGGAAAUUGUCCAGUCCGACCGCGGGUGUAGACGACGAUGCACCAGAUCCGGAAGCGAUGGAAGAAGAAGAAGGCGAACCGCGACCGGAACCUGGUCAUCCGGACUUUCCGAAGAUAAAUAAAGAAACCAGAGACAGAUUGCUCCAGCGCUACGAGGAGUUUAUCGAACCCCGAUCAGAGGACGGAGAGUACUAUAGGGAAAAUGUUAGCCAACAUGUUAAAUAUUUUAUAGGCUUUUUNAUGGAAACCAAAGUCCGACGGAAAUGUUUAAUGUAA